AUGCUGCAGCGCGCGGCACGGAACGCAUCGUUGGGCAGCCUCAGGGGCGGCGGCAAUGCGUUGGGUUUGACCUCCUUCCUGCACCAACGUUGCCCACGGCUGCUGGUACAGACGCCGGUGCGGCUCUACGCACCGCAACCGCGGCGCCGGAAGCCGCUGUCAGAUCAGAAGCUGCUCGUCAAGAAGGAGAAGAAGAUCCUGCGCAAGCUCACCAAGGAGGAAGAGAAGCGCGCUGCCGACGCCUUCUACAGCGCCCACGAGGCGCAGGAGGCCGCUGGCGCCACCGCCACUUCCACUUCGUCAUCGGCAGAAAGCGGUCGGCCGAGAACUAAAAAGAAGAAGAGGGCCAGCGACGGUGGUGGCGAUGGUGCGGGCGAAGGAGCGACCAGCGCAGGCAGCCGCUUCGGUAGGGACCAGCGGCUGGCGGACUCGCGGGAGGCGCUCGUCGAGCGGGCGCGGCAGCUGGCACGGCAGAGCGCAGCCCGGGCAGGCAGCGGGUUGGCUGGCGCCCGAGGCCAACGCAGGGUUGAGGACCUUCCUCAGAGCAAUCCGUGGCUUCUGUACGCGAACGAGAUGGGCGACAUGAUCGAUUUUCCGGGUCUGGAGCUGGUGGGCGCCGUGGCCGGCGAGGUCACUCCUCACCGACUUGACCGCGGUGACUGCAUCAGUGCGCCCGAGGGAAGCCAACGAGCCCCGGUCGGGUAUCAGAGGGACGACCAAGAAGCGGAGGUGCUCUCGGCGGACCCGAAGACCGACCGGGCGAACAUGACGAAGCGCGACCGUACGUGGCCGCCCGAGGCGGUGGCGGUGAGCCUGCCGGCGCCCUACAUCGCCACCCACUACUCCUCCUUCAACUCGCUCCCCGGCGGACAGACCCUGCCGCUCUUCUUCUAUACGCCCGUUGGCUGGUGGAAGAAGGGCUCCGACUUCCUGGUACCGGCGAUGCGCAUCGACGACGAUCCACGCCAGGAUCUGGAGCACUUCGAAGACGAGGAGAUCAUCGACAAAAAGAUCCAGGAGAAGCUCGAGAAGUUUCCCGACAAUAGGUUCGUGCAGCACUUGGGGACGUGCGUAGCCAACUACUCGUGUCUGUCGGCCAUCAACUUUUUCAUGGGCCGGUGGGAGGCACAUGCCGGUGCCGACAUCGCCGCAGGGCAAUACGAUGUGCCUGGGCUGUCCCUCCCUGCAGAAGGACCGGAAAGACCUCUUGGCACGCUACAAGCGAUCGUGGAGGUCGCGGUGGAACACCUGGCCAAGGCUCCCCACGCCAUCAUCGCGUUCGGGCAAUCGUGCGAAGGCGAGCCGCUCUUGCAGGCCGACCUCCUGUGCGAGGUGAUUGCCAAGAUCCGCCAGCGCACAAGGCGAGGCACAAUUCACGUCAACACCAACGGCACGGUGACGGAGGCGGUGGCGCGGCUGCGCGAGAGCGGGCUGGACAGCCUGCGCGUGGACGUCAACAGCGUGCGGCGGGAGUACUUCAAUCGCUACACGCGCCUCAACUACGAGCCCGUCGUCGAGCGGCUGCGUCAGGCCGCGCGCGAGCGGAUGGAGCGGGCCAAGCGCGGCGAGCCCGAGCCCGAUCCCGAAGGCGAGGAGGCCCAGUCCUUGGAGCCCGACGACUCGUUCGACAAGGCCAAGGAGUCCCUCAAGGUCAUGAAGGACCGGGGAGGAUUCACGUCGAUCCGGUACAUGAUCCUGCCGGGACUCAACGACGAGCGGAAGGAGGUGGACGAGCUGUGCCGCUUCAUCGAAGAGACCCGCAUCGACAUGAUCCAGUGGCGCAACAUCGCCCUCGACCCCGAAUACUAUCUCACCUCCAUCAAGUACGAGCCGCCAGCGUCGGUGGUCUAUGCGGAGAAGCUGGGCGUGAAGCAGCUCAUGGAGACCAUCCGUGACAAGUACCCACACGUCAAGCACGGCUACUACAACCCGUGCCUCGACGAGAAGGCCCACGGCUACAACCUCACCACCGCGUCACCAUGA